UGCAAUUGUGGCAGUGGCUCAAACUGCACUUUCCUUUCAUCUCUUUUUGGACCGUCAAAAACUUGCAGUUGCAAAAACGGGUAUAAAGAAGUGUCCGGCAUUUGUACCGACCCAUGCACUAAGAAUCCUUGUCGUAACGGUGGGACGUGCAAGGACACCUAUACGUGCUCUUGCCCACCGAAAUACGCAGGUGCUAAAUGUGAAAAGAAAAAAGGAUGUGAGUGUGAAAAUGGUGAAUGUGUUAAGGAAUUUUCAGAAGAAGUCUGCCGUUGUCCAACGGAAGCUGUUAAAGUUAGUGACACAAGAUGCAGAAACUGCGACUGUGGUAAAGGUUUUGGUUGCAUAUUUUCUUGGUUCGGGUUAAAAAAGGAAUGCCUAUGUGGAACGACUCAUGGAGAUUUUGACGGGACUUGUGUAGAGCUUUGUAAGACGAGUCCUUGUAAAAAUGGAGGGACAUGUGUAGAUGAUCGUUAUUGUAAAUGCCCAUCCGGAUUCAGAGGUUUGAAGUGCGAGUGGGAAGAUUCUUGUUUAUCCAAUCCUUGCCAUAAUAAUGGGACAUGUAUAUAUUCGAAGAAUGACUUCUACUGCCAGUGCAAGUCUCCAUUUGAUGGAAAGACAUGUGAAAAAAUAAGUCCCUGUGAAUCUAACCCGUGUCAGCAUGGAGGAACUUGUACUAGCUCAGGGGACAAUUUCACUUGCAAGUGUGAGUUACCGUACUACGGGAAGACUUGCCAAGAAAGUAUUCAGGAUUUAAAUGUCUGUAGAAAUUCUGGUAUGAUGAUGCACGAAAUGAGGACAAGCCGUAGCCCCAACUCUGAUAUUUACGGAAAUAUUGUGGCUAAGUUAAUUGAUCAUGUCAUUAAGUGCAAUUGCUCGUAUCCAUACAGCGGGAGGUUUUGCGAAAAACCGCCAAGUAAAUGUGACUCCCCCGACCGUUGUCAGAAUAAUGGUCUAUGUGUCCACAGAGAGUCAAGUGUUGAUUGUAUAUGCCGAUCUCCGUAUGCAGGAAAUAAAUGUGAAAUAGAUAUGUGUAGUCCAAAUCCUUGCAAGAAUGGUGGCACGUGCAAUACACAUGGAUGGAAUUCAAUAUAUAUUCAGAAGAAUGCAUCAACGUACUGCGAGUGUAAAUCACCAUUCUUUGGAGAGUUCUGUGAGCUAGAUCCAUGCAGUUCAAAUCCUUGCAUGAACGGAGGUAAAUGCAACAUAGUUGGUAACAAUUCCACUUGUGACUGUAAGAAACCAUUUUUUGGAGAGCAUUGUGAGAAUGAUCCUUGCACAUCAAAUCCAUGCAUGAAUAAUGGAAAAUGCAAAGUUAUUGGAGAAAAUUCAACGUGCGAAUGUAAGAAACCAUUCUUUGGAGAUUUUUGUGAAAUAGAUCCUUGUACAUCAAAUCCAUGCAUGAAUGGUGGGCAAUGUAAAGUUGUUGCAGAAAAUGCAACAUGCGAUUGCCAAGGACCAUUCUUUGGAGAUCUUUGCGAACUGGAUCCUUGCACAUCAAAUCCUUGUAUGAAUGGAGGAAAAUGCAAAAUUGUUGGAGUAAAUUCGAUAUGUGAAUGCAAGAAACCAUUUUUCGGAAAGUUCUGCCAAAUAAGUCCUUGCACCUCAAAUCCUUGCAUGAAUGGCGGAAACUGUAAAGUUAUUGAUGAAACUGUAGCAUGCGAGUGUAAGAAACCAUUCUUUGGCCGACGUUGCGAAAUAAGUCCUUGCACAUCAAAUCCUUGUAUGAAUGACGGAAAUUGCAAAAUUCUUGGGAAAGGUUCAAUAUGCGAAUGCAUAAAGCCGUUUUCUGGAAAGCGUUGCGAGAUAGAAGAAUCAAAAGAACCAGGCAUUAUUCUUCCUGCUGUUCUUGGAAGUAUCGUAUGCACGAUGUUGAUUAUGCUGUGUUUAAUUGCUUGUGUAAUAAAUAGAAAGCUUUCUUCUAGAGCUGCAGAAGAAGCGAAAUCUUUAGCUCGCAGUUUAUCCGUAGGAGCUCCAGAUGAAUCCAUUUCGAACCACAGAAUGAUUCACAAGAAUAGUGUACAAAGAACGGAACUCUGAAGGUUAUAAAGAAACUUUGUUAUCAGGUUCAGUUACCAAAAAUCAAUUGAAAAAGGCGGCUCUUCAGUUGUUAAAGCAAAAGAGCACAUGAGGAACUCCCCCAUAUUUUUCCACCAACUAAAAAUUGCUUUUUGGCGGACAUACAGAAUUUGGAAUCAUAAAAUCCAUUUAAAAGUGUACAUUUUCCUGCAUUCCAUAUCAUUGCUUUUAAAAAGAUGUUAAAAAAAAAGGACAUUUAUAUUAAAGUAUAAAUUUUGCA